CACUGAUACCGCGCAUGCGCCAUAUGUCUCCUUCAUUGUGCCCUGUUCCCCUUAUAGACAGUGCUAAGCUAAGCUAGCUGUCAAUCCACUGAGCAGCAUCACGCCAGGCACACUCCAGGCUCUGCAGACUCCCCUUCCAAAACACCUUUGCACCGCACAAUGGCUGUCCCUCCUACAUACUCAGACCUGGGCAAGGCUGCCAAGGAUAUAUUCAGCAAGGGCUAUGGCUUUGGAGUUGUGAAGCUGGACCUCAAGACCAAAUCACAAAGUGGAGUGAUGGAGUUCAACACAUCUGGCUCCAGUAACACAGACACAGGGAAGGCCUCAGGGAGCCUGGAGACCAAAUACAAGAUGAAGGAACUGGGCCUGAGCUUCAACCAGAAGUGGAACACAGACAACACGCUGGCCACUGAAGUCACCGUGGAGGACCAGCUGACUCAAGGGCUGAAGGUCGCCUUGGAUACAUCUUUUGUACCAAACACGGGUAAGAAGAGCGGUAAGCUGAAGACGGGCUACAAGCGCGACUUUGUCAACCUGGGCUGUGACGUCGAUUUCGAGGGUCCCAUCAUCCACGCCGCCGCCGUGCUGGGCUACGAGGGCUGGCUGGCCGGAUACCAGAUGGCCUUUGACACAGCCAAGUCCAAACUGGCCCAGAACAACUUCGCCCUCGGAUACAGGGCCGGAGACUUCCAGCUGCACACCAACGUUAACGACGGCACCGAGUUUGGCGGCUCCAUCUACCAGAAGGUGAACGACGAGCUGGAGACAGCGGUCACUCUGGCCUGGACCGCCGGCAGUAACAACACUCGCUUCGGCAUCGCUGCCAAAUACAAGCUGGACAAAGACGCCUCUCUGUCUGCCAAAGUGAACAAUGCCAGUCUGAUUGGAGUCGGCUACACCCAGAGUCUUCGGCCAGGCGUGAAGGUCACCCUCUCAGCCCUGAUCGACGGGAAGAACUUCAACGCCGGCGGACACAAAGUGGGCAUGGGCUUCGAGCUGGAGGCAUAAGGCGGGGACGUCGGACCUGCCAGCAAAGAAAAAAAAAGCCCUCGAACCACAUGACCACACACUCCUCUGCCCUCUCCUCCCCUCACACAGUCCACAACCAUCAUGUAGCGUCUCUCUGGACUCCCCCUCACACGUCCCCUCCCCCCCCGGUCACAUGUCUCAUGAGCAUUUCUGACGGUAAUAGUCGAGUCUCGGCAUCAUGCUUAAACGCCCCUGAGAGGAGCUGUGAGGUUGCGUGUUGAUCUCGAAACUGACGGCACGUAGUUGUGGAUUGUUAGGAGUUUUUCAUGGUUACUGAAGUGACACUUAUUUAUUUCCCUGUAGCUCUUGGAUGAAGUUAGUUGUUGGUGUACAUGUGUAGCUCUUAUAAGCUUCUGUAUUCGGCUGUUCCUGCCUUCCUAAAAGCAUGUAAGAAUGAAGACGUGGAUGCAGAGCUGAAGGCUUAUUUGCUUGGUUAAAAAAAACGGUGCUGAGUGUCUGUUUUAUCUUUUUGUUUUGUAUUGGUUUGAAGACUUUUGGCUGUGUUGUUGCAAUAUGUGGACCAUUUAAUCCAUAUAAAUGUUUUCUUACAACACACUUCAUGAACAUAUGACUGAUUAAAGGUGGUUUAAGUUAAGAGGUAAAGACUCCUGCACUGACUGACUGAAUGAAGGAUAUUUGAAGAUGUUAGCUUUACAGGAACAGUGACAGUCUUUUCAACACAGAUGCUGUUUAAUCUUUGAAUGCUUUGUGACUUCUCAGUUUGGUAGGUGAAAUCAAUGUAGUGGAAUCUUCUGGUAGCUUGUGUAGUUAGUUUGCUUUUCUACAAUAUUGUUUUCAUCUACCCGUCUCAGCUCAGUGGUCACAAACAAAGUGAGAAUAUUUUGCAUCUGCUGGUACGUCUCGUAGGUAUCUCUGCUGUUCAGUGACGCCAGGCGUCUUAACUUGAUGGCCAGCUGUUUCCUCAUGUUGCUCGGGGACUGCACUCAUUGCUGUCAGCGCUCUCUUCUCAAGAAAAAAAAAAACACACUCCACUCCUCAGAUCUGUACAUAAAAUUCAGCUGAUUGUCCUCUGAGUGACUCCAGUAAAAACACUUACUAGGAUUAUGUAAGAGGUCGUCGUGUCCCACAUGACUAUCCUGUUUCUUUAUUCUGGCAAUCAUGCAUCAAAAUGUGUUUUUUGUUCUUUUUUUUUUUUCUCCAUCUUAUUGUCGUCAUGAUUAUAAGGCUCAUUUUUCU